AUGUUCAGGUUCAUCUUUACGGCAACAGCCGUCAUCACCGGCUCUUCAGCCAUCUACUUGUACAUUUUCCACCAAAAGCUAUCCGCGCGUGUCCAGCACCGAUCGCACUGCGGGAAGCUCGCGGAAUCACCCAAACCAUGUGAAAUCGAGUCAAUCCCCGACACUGUAUACACAGACCAAUACCAUGCACUCUAUGACCGGUCUUCAAAACCAGUCCCGCGCUACCUGCUGCCCGCAUGCAUCCCGACAGAUGUCCUCUUCACCAAACUGGUUCGCCGCAAUAUGACGGUUUUUUCUCAUUUCCCGCAGGCUCUGAUGAUGCGAAUGGUCUGCAAGACUGCGGAGGAGCGACGAAGCUUCAAGGCGUCACAAAUCUCAACCUUGGAUUUUAAUAAGGGAGAUUUGGUCUGUGGUAUGUAUCGUGUCGUUGCGCGCAGCAAGAAUAAGGUGGAGUUUGAGAUGACGAUGAAGAAUAUGGAGUUUGUUAAUGGGAGGCUUGCUAUUAGCUUCCAGGAGAGGGAUGGGGAUUUGGUCUUUUCUAGUGAGACGAUUAUGUGGCGAAGGGCCGAUGAGAUGAGGACUAUGCCGCUUGAGAAGAGGGUGGUGCGUUGGAUGCAUGAGACUGCGGCUUGGUGGUUGAUAGAUUCGGGUACGAAGUAUUUGAUGGAUCUGGAGGGCUGA